AUGACUGCCCAUGAGAGGAAGAGCCCGAAGAUUUCCGCAGAUGAGAAAAACAUAUCUGAGGCCAGUUCUACAGAUGACUCGGAUAGGGAAUUCCAGCAAAUCAGUCCAACCGAGGGCAAAAGUACAUUCGACUCUGGUGCAGGUCAUCACCUCUAUCGACCAAUCGACAGCUACGAGGGAAUUCAUAGAUGGGAUCCAGAUUUUGAAUGGACUGAAAAUGAAGAAAAACAAAUUGUCAGAAAGACCGUCUUCCUGGUAUGUUUCCUGUUGGCGGAGAUGCCGUCACAGUUGAUAUCCAAAAGAUUGGGACCCGAUCGUUGGAUUCCUCUCCAAAUGGUGAUGUGGAGCGUGGUUGCGGCUUGCCAGGCUUUCAUAAAAGGAAGACCCUCUUACCUGGCUUGUCGGGCUUUGCUAGGGCUAAUAGAAGGCGGCUUUAUUCCCGACACAAUUCUUUUCCUAUCUUUCUUCUAUAAAUCGAGUGAGCUUCCAAAGCGAUUGGCCUGUUUUUGGAUCUCAUACACAGUUACGACUAUCAUUGGAGCAUUCCUGGCCUUCGGCUUCCUCCAUAUAAAGGAUGCUAAUGGCGGUGGAUCUUGGAAAUACGUUUUUGCCUUCGAGGGACUGAUAACCGGUCUCAUCGGAAUCAUUGCCUACUUUUGGAUGCCUGCAUCGCCAGUACAAACAAAGGGAGGGCUACGUGGAAAGGAUGGGUGGUUUAACGAACACGAAGAAAAGAUCAUGGUCAACCGCGUCAUUCGUGACGAUCCCAGCAAAGGAAGCAUGCACAACAGAGAAGGACUUAACCUGCGGCUAUUUUGGGAGUCUCUAAAGGACUUCCAUAUGUGGCCUAUUUACCUACUAGGCUUGAUAUGGUUGAUUCCCACCACGCCUGCAACCAACUAUCUCACGUUGCAGCUACGUUCCCAGGGAUUUACCACAUUCCAGACAAACCUGUUAACCAUUCCAUCGGCUGUCAUUGGGAUUAUUACUCUGAUGUCUAUAACCUGGAUUGCAGAACGCACAAACCAGCGCUUACUCUGGGGAGCAGGAGUCGAGGUGUGGAACCUUGUCUUACUGAUAGCAUUGGAAGCCUUGCCCCAGAAAACUCUACCCUGGCCUCGCUGGGCUAUUCUUACUCUUCUUGUGGGUAGUCCGAGCAUUCAUCCUGUCGUGGUCGCCUUGACCUCCCGGAACGCAGGAUCCGUGCGGACUCGUACCAUCGCUUCUGCAUUGUACAACAUGUCUGUACAGAUAAGCAAUAUUGCAGGUGCUAAUGUCUAUCAAGCAAAGGAUGCCCCGUACUACAGACACGGGAAUAAGGUUCUGAUCGCACUUUCUGUUGUUAGUAUGGCUCUAUUUGUGGCUGCAAAGUUCUACUACGACUGGUGGAAUAGGCACAACGCUGCCAAAUGGAACGCCUUGACCCAUGAGCAACGAGAAAUAUAUCUGAGCGAAAACAAAAUUAUGACCAACAAGAGACUUGAUUUUCGAUUUGCCCGCUAA